GCCGGUCAUUGCCUUCCUUUUGCUACAUCAAUAGCAUCAACACGGACAUAUCACGUUUCUGAACUUUGACAAUACCUAUCUCAAACCCAUAAUCCUCAGAGAGUCACCCCACCCCCGAUGUCCCCGGGUCGUCCUGGGUCGGAAUGCCAUGUUACUUAUCAUUAGAAUUCUCCUUCGUCUGGACACCGACCUUGACGAGGAUCUCACCUCCCCAGUUCCGGCUCUUGACUCUCUACGUCAAUGGCACCCAGACUCACCAAGCUGAUCCUGACCUUUUUCCGCCCCCCGGAUGCACAGAAUGGCCCAGCCAUUUCUCAAAGCACCAUCCAUGUUCCAAGAACGAGGACGCAUGCCUGCAAUGUAAUGCGCGGGGGGGAGUACCGGUCGGUAUGGGGUUCCGACACCCGAGUUGUUUUGGGAGCGUCCCCAAGACAGUCAGACAUGAAAGUUGCCGAUCGGGUACCCUUGCAUCUGGUUGGUUGCCAUCUCCGCGACAUGGUGAUGGUCGAACUGGACAAAUCCGCAUCCCUUUCCGGGAGAGGGUCUGACGUAUGUGAUCUCUCCGAAACCUUGGAAGAACGAGUGGAACUCGUGCUCGGUGACAUAGCCAGAGAGGCCAUCAACGGAGACAGUUGUGUUGUUGGGGUCCGUGAACUGGUUCAUGGGCUGCAUUGGGUUGAAGGGGCCUUGGUUGAAGUACGG